AUGAAAAGAAUUACCAGAAAGAAAAGUGAUAUAGCACAUCCUCCACCAGUAGAACUGGACGAACCUAUACAGUGCGAUCUUUGUAGUGAUACAUAUAAAAAUAACGUGGCCUUUUCUUUACAUUCUAUCCAACAUAGCGACGAUGGAAAAUAUUCUUGUCAUAUCUGUAACUAUAAAAACGCCUCAAAAUAUCACAUAGAGAUGCAUGUACGAGCUCACGAAGGUACUACCAGUUACAAAUGCGAAAUUUGUAAUAAAGCGUUCACUGUUAGUACCCACGCUUUGGAACACAAAUACUUUCACUCGGGAGAAAAACCGUUUCAAUGUGAAAUAUGCGGGAAACAUUUUAUGUUUUCCAGAUUUUUAGCUUCGCACAGACGAACACAACAUUGGGAAAUUAUCACCGGCACUCCUUUAAUAAAGUACGAUUGUACAACUUGUAACAAACAUUACACGUCUUCUAGCGGUCUCAAAAGGCACAAUUUGAGAAAUCACAACUACGAAGGAAUCGAUACGUCCGUUCUUUGUGACAUUUGCGGUAAAAAAAUCUCUAGUAACGAGAAGUUGAAGUUCCAUCGUAGGGUACAUACGGGAUACCGUCCUCAUGCUUGUGAAGUAUGCGGCAAAUGUUUCUCUACCAAAGAACAGAAAAAGGAACAUUUGAGAGUUCAUACUGGGGAGAAACCGUAUAUAUGUAAAUAUUGCGGAAAGGGAUUUACGCAAAGGUCUCCUUUGAAGAUUCAUGAAAGGUCCCAUACUGGCGAAGCACCUUAUAUUUGUAUCCUCUGCACUAGAGGAUUCAUAUCUAAAAGUGCCAUGGAUAGUCACAUGAAGCAUUGCAAAUUACACAUUCCUUUUGAUUAA